AUGAAUUCACUGGCUUCGUUGAUCUGGAUGGGUAUUGCGCUUCGUGUCGGGCUGCUUAUAUAUGCCACAGUACAAGAUACUCAUCCUGUUAUUAAAUACACUGACAUUGACUACUCGGUCUUCUCCGAUGCUGCUGCUUACCUGGUUUCCCCAGUUGGUCCAAACUCUCCAUUUGCUCGAAGCACUUAUAGAUACACUCCAUUACUGGCAUACAUGAUGAUUCCCAACAUUGUCCUGCAUCAGCUCUUUGGAAAAAUCCUGUUCUGCAUCUGCGAUUUAGUUGUAGGUGCAUUUCUAUUUGCAAUAUUGCGGAUCCUUGGCCGAAUGCAUGGCAUAGAUACUAUGCCACCACGACGUGCAUGUCUAUAUGCAGCAUUAUGGACUCUCAAUCCAUUUGUAGCAGUAAUAUCUACACGGGGAAGUGCAGAAAGUGUUGUCGCUGCCCUUGUUCUUGGAUCACUGUGGGGUAUUCUGUCAGGAAGAAUGCGCACUGGUGCAGUUCUCUUUGGCAUUGCUGUCCAUUUUAAAAUCUAUCCGAUUAUCUAUGCCGUACCAUUUUGGUUUGGGGUCGAUUGGGCUUCAACAAUCACUUUAAAGACAUCAAAAAGUAGGACGAAAUUCAAAAUGUGUUUUUGGAGUUGGCGGCGAGUCGAGUUUGCUCUGAUUUCUGGCUCUACCUUUAUCGCACUCACAUAUGUCAUGUACAUCUUACACGGGGAUGAAUUCAUUAAUGAAGCUUAUCUAUACCACAUCAUCCGUAAAGAUCACCGUCACAACUUUUCAUUGUAUUUUUACGAAAUGUAUCUGAAAUCUAGUCUUAUUUUUCAAGCACAGGAAACUCAAACUUUGGCACAGCGCCUUGCAUAUAUAUUUGGUGCAAUUGGGUCGUUUCUACCACAGCUUGGACUAGUUGGAUUUGUCGGCAUUAUGUUUGCUCAUGAUUUGCCGACUGCGUGUUUUUUACAGACCUUUGCGUUUGUGAUGCUCAACAAAUAUUUUUUAUGGUAUAUUUGCUUGCUGCCACUGGUAUUGCCGUUUUCACGACUUACUUGUGAUCGAUGGCAGCGAGGAAUUGUGCUUGUAGUUGCAUGGGUAGUUGGACAGUGUAUCUGGCUUUCACAGGCAUACAGGCUAGAGCAUCUUGGACACAAUACAUUUACAGAAUUGUGGCUAUCUGGCAUUGUAUUUUUUGUGAUCAAUGUUUUUAUACUGAAUACCAUCAUAGCAAAUCAAUCCAUAACAUAA